AUGUCGGGCUUCGGCAUGGCUUCCGCGCCGAAGCGCGCGAAAAGGAGAGCCAUCGGAUGGGGAUUUGCGCGGGGCUUAGCGGUGGCCGUUCUGUCCAUGGCCUUGAAGGGCUGUGAGAAUAAUGAUACCUGCUACCCGGAUGGCACGGCAUCAGCGACCGGGGAGUACUCCUGCGUCUCUGACACGUUUUGCGGGAAUCAGGGCUCUGCCAACAGACUGGGUGCCAUGAGCCUAGCGGCCUGCAUGACACAGUGCGUAGCCAGAGACUGCCGAGUGAUCCAGUACGACUGUGGCAGUGAGUGCUGGCUGCUGGACAGCUGCGGCGAGCAUAAAGAGUCCAGUUGCUCAAGCAGUACUUACUACAGGGACCUCACCUGGACAGCCACCACGGCAGUGGCCACAACAACCACAACCACAACAUCAAUAUCAGCAGCGUCGUGUUUCUCCGGCGUUGUGCCCAGUGGUGGCUUCUAUACCUGCACACCCCUGAAGUAUUGCAGCAACCAAAUCAGUGCCACGCGGUAUGGAGACCUCAAUCUGGCGGACUGUCUCCAGUUGUGUGACCAGGCGCCAGGCUGCACUGCCGUCCAGCACGACUGCGGCACCGGUUGCUGGGCGAUGAUUGACGACGUGUGCGGCUCGGAAACGCCAACCAGCUGUGGUAGCAACAUCUACUACAAGGCGGCAACAACGACCACGAGCGCGACAGGGACGACCGCACUUAUAGGGACGACGGUGCCAAGCACCUCGGGAGCAUGCUUUCCAGGAACAGUGGACUCCGGAGCGUAUACUUGCACCAGCAACAUGUAUUGUAGCAACCAGCACUCGGCCACGAUCGAGGGGACUAUGUCGUUGACUGCUUGCAUGGUCAGGUGUGACGCUGAUGCCGCGUGCACGGGCAUCCAGUAUGACUGCAACACCGACUGCUGGUUGCUAAUCGGCACGGACUGCGGCGCAGAGCAGCUGUCGAGUUGUGGGAGUAGCGUGUACUACAAGGCGGCAACAACGACCACGAGCGCGACAGGGACGACCGCACUUGUAGGGACGACGGGGCCAAGCACCAUCUUGGGAGCAUGCUUUCCAGGAACAGUGGACUCCGGAGCGUAUACUUGCACCAGCAACAUGUAUUGUAGCAACCAGCACUCGGCCACGAUCGAGGGGACUAUGUCGUUGACUGCUUGCAUGGUCAGGUGUGACGCUGAUGCCGCGUGCACGGGCAUCCAGUAUGACUGCAACACCGACUGCUGGUUGCUAAUCGGCACGGACUGCGGCGCAGAGCAGCUGUCGAGUUGUGGGAGUAGCGUGUACUACAAGACGGCGACGGCGACGACCUCCUUGCCUGGUGGCACCACGGCAUCUCCCGAAGCUUGCUUUGCUUCCGAUGGCGUUGUGAGGAACAACGGGGAUUAUACCUGCAUCCCGCAGAAAUACUGCUCGAAUCAGGGGGAGGCCCUGAUGCUGGGGGACAUGAGCUUCGAGGCGUGCCUGGCAGAGUGUGAGAGGUACGACUGCGGCGCGGUGCAGCACGACUGCGGCACCGGCUGCUGGUUGCUGAAGUCCUGCAGCAAUGAGUUGGAUACACUUUGCGGGAGCAACGUCUACGUGCGGCAGUUGCCCUACACCACCACCACCACCACCUUCUUGGGCCAAUGUCUUGCGACCAACUUCUCAUUCCCGGCAUGGGAUUAUUCCUGCUUCGAGGCAUCAUACUGCUCAAACCAGGAUCAGGCAACGAACCAUGGAGCGAUGACCUUGGACCAGUGUGCUCAGCUUUGCCGGGUCACGGGCUGUGAGGCCAUUCAGUAUGACUGCGGCAGGGACUGCUGGUUGUUGCCAUCUGGCGUUGGUUGCGCGUCUAUGCUCCCUACCACCUGUGGCAGCAGCAUCUACACACCAUACUCAUCAAACCCAUCACAGACUGACUACGAGAUGGGAGCUGAUAAGAUGGUGGUUUAUAGCAGCACGACCUGCGAAACGGAUGACUGUCUGGUCACAGUAUCUUGCCCGUUCUCCUGGGGCCUCACGAAUUGCCAGAGCAUCCCUCCCAAUUCCGGGGACGGCGUGAUGAACUAUGCUGAUGGCUCCUGUGGGGUUCAGAGCAGUGGGGCCGUGAUUCUGGCAGAGGCCACCUGUGAGAAGGUCACCACCUACGGAGACGGAUAUUUGAUGAGCGACCCCUGGCAGGAAGGCGACGUGAGUGUGACGUGUACGGGCGGCCACGCAAUCUCCUGCUACUGCCAGACUGCCUGGUUGGUCGCAGACGCUUGUGGCGGCGUGUCACAGUGGGAGCCGGUGCAUGGCAGGUGCGACAAGAGCCUCCCCGUGGAUGUCGUCUCACAUCGGCGCCGCGGCGUGGAGAACGGCGCCGGGGCGAGGGUCACCGCCACCUGCCUCAGCGAUCCCGUGACAUCCUUGAACCUUGUCCUGGCCGGGGAUCUGCAGGAGACGACGGACGUCCACUACUGCGGCUGGUCGCCCGUAUUAUUGCCCACAACCCAGGCAGACUGCAGAGUAUGGAUGGAGAACUAUGAGGAUGUCGGGGUUUGCUUGGACUGCCUGGACUUCGCCACUUGCGUGGAGACGUGCAACUCCUGCGCUGCAUGCACGGGAGUAAUGGUGCGGGACGUGGGGAGCAAUGUCCACUGCACGCUGCUGGGGACGACAGAUGAUUCCUCACAGCCGUUGUUUCAGAGCAGCUUUGUCCCCAAGUCUUCGGGCGGCGAUUACGUGGGGGGCCAGUACAUGAACACCCGGCACCCCGGGUGCGCUGUGCCGACUCUGGAGAUCCAGAGCCUGCGCUUUUAUACCGACCCCACAUGUAGUGAUUCGUCUGCUUAUGGAAAUCGACGGAUCUAUCCGGACUCCGUACGCGACUCCGGCUUCAACAUCCUCGGAAGCCUGCCAUGGGCUCAUUCAAUCGGCAGGGUCUCUUUGGAUGUGACCAUCCCGGCUGGAUGGCCGGUGAUGUGCGUGCUGAUCCAAACCAACGGCUUCCUGGAGGGAUGGACCUUGUCUGGACCCGGCAACCCCACGCUCUCCGGCGGCGCGAUACUUACCUACUCCCCCCGCUUCCUGCCGGUCUUCUACCCGCUCAGGAGCAAGGUGACCGUGACUGGCAGUAUGACGUGGGCCGACUGCAUUGGCUGCAUGUCGCCGGUUGUGGAACGCAACUUCGGGAAAGCCCUUGGAGGUGUGCUGAACCUGCCACAGCACUACUUUGAGGUGAGCAGAAUUGGGCAGACGUACGAUUGGAAAAUAGUUUUGCACUUCUACGUGGACACGCAGUUUGCCCACGCGUUGGGCAGCUACUUUGGCACCGCCGCACCUUUGCCGACCAUUCUGCUCGAGGAGGUUUUGAAGACUGCGGGCACUUUCACGCUGCACGAGCUGGAGACGAGCCUUAGGCAGUCGGACAUUACUUACGGCUCCUUCAGCCUCAGUAGUUGGGGGCCAUUCGAACUGACCGGGCAAAGCGCACCAAGCUACUCAGCGUGGACAACUCCAGCUCCCUCGCCGGGGCAGACCGCUGUGAUGACCACCGUGGCCACUGUCACUGCUUCGCCGGAGGAUGAGAUGGGCACUGUGAUGCUCGUCGUCUCAUUGUGUGUUUCUGGUGCGACCCUCCUCCUGCUGGCUUGCAUAUUCCGGCGGCGUAUUCGGAUCUGUUUGCGCGGCAAGUCUCGGAGUACAGCCCCGGCGCCCGUGAAGCACGGGGCGCCCGUGACCUCUUCUGGGCCCUCGGCGGUGGUCUACGGGGGGAAGGCGCUGCUCAGGACCCACAGCAAGGAGGAGUUCAGCCCCUUGUCCGAGGACGCCUUCAUGAACUUGCCCAAGUACUGGAACGGUUCGAGGGAUGGGCGGAGCUACGAGGGCGCCUUGAGGGAGGACUUGGCCUUUGACGAGCUGAUGUACGUGUCCCACGAGAGCCUGCAGCAUUUCCAGGACAUGGUGACGCACAGCUACAGAGCCAUCACCACGCAGGACCGGCUGUGCCCCACGGGGAAGCACGACAAGACGCGGGGCGGCUGCCCCUGCGUGCAGGUGGGGGGCGAUCCUGGCCUGCCCACGGGCUUCCAGGUGAAGCGUGUGAUCCGGGUAGAGGACUCCGAGAUGUUCACCCGGUACAUCACGCGGCUCUCCAAGAUCAAGGCGACCCGCACCUCCUGCGACGCCCCGGACCCGAGCUUCUUCACCCGGGAUGCCAUGGAUCACUUCCCUGGGCUGCAGGACGUCCUGGGGACCCUGGACGACGAGCUCAACGAGGUGUACCUGUGGCACGGCACGCAGGUGCGCACCGGGCUCCAGAUCGCCCAGGAGGACUUCAACCUCACCUUCGCUGGGUCUGGGGCGGGCACCAUGUACGGCAAGGGCCUCUACUUCUGUGAGAGUGCCACGAAGGCGGAUGAGUAUGCCAGGGACGAGCCAGGGGGGCACUACGAAGGGGUACGCGCGCUGCUGCUUUGCCGGAUUUGUGUGGGGAAGUUUCACUACACCCAGGACCGUGAGCCCACGGCCAUCGACAAGUACACCUCCGGGGAGAGCGACAGCACGGUGGGGGACCGUGCCAAGUCGGUGAACACCUACCGGGAGAUCGUGGUCUACGAUACCGACCAGGUGUACCCCGAGUACCUGGUGCUCUACGAGCGGCUUCAGAAGGGUGAGACCCCUCAACCGCCCCCCAAAGACCUGCCGUUCCUUCUGGAGCUGCCGCUCUACUGGAAGAACGUGGGCAAGAACCCUUACACAGAAGGCUUCCGGGAGCACUGGGUGGUGAAGCACCAGAUCAAGGAGCUGGUGCAGCGCCUGGCGGCCGGCUCUCACUCGGGCUCAGCCCCCACGGCGGUGAAGGUGCGCCGCGUGGAGGACUCAAACCUCUGGUGCCGCUACAUCAACUGGAAGCGUAACUUGCAGAAUCAGGUGGACAAGGAUGGGCACAAGUGCGUGCCGCCCAAUGAGCUGGACGGCAAUCCCGACAGCGGCCACGUGCUGACUGGCAAGAUCCUCGAGGAGUUCCAUGGUGACGAGGCCAUUAGUGUGGAGAACAUGACCCCGGGCCUCAACGAGAUGCUCCUGUGGCACGGUACCUCCCAGAAGGCUGCAGAGGCCAUCGCGGAGCAGGGCUUCAUGGUGAACAGCAGCGGCACCCACGGGCGGCGCUUCGGGAACGGGGUGUACUUGGCCGAAGACCUGGCCAAGAGCAUGAGCUACGCCUCGGAGGCAAACGGCAUUAUCUACGUGUUGCUCUGCCGGGCGACUUGCGGGCACAUGUACUACACUGAGAGGGACUGGCAUAGCAGUGCCCACGAGGAUGCCCAAAAAUUGCACAAAACCGGCAUCCUGGCGAACCCCAACAAGAAAGGCCCUAGAGAGUACAUUCUUUUCGACGUCUCACAGGUCUAUCCCGAGUAUAUCAUUGAGUUCAAGCGCUAG